CUUUUAGCUUUAAGAGUAUGAGACCGCCAAUCACUUCAAAAUACUUUUCACUCAUUUAUUUGUAUAUGUUUAUGUAUAUAUUACAAUCAUUGCACUUACUCAAUAACUCUCAAACCAGUGACCGUUUACAACAACCACGGCCCCCUUGCUGUAGAUACCUACAUAUACUCGUAUGUGCUAUGAUUCAGCUUCUUUUGGCAGCUGCGCUUUGGGGUGAAAUUCGUGAAUUUUAUUGAUGUUGGUGAAGUACCAAAACGAAGGUCUACCGCUAAACUCAUUGUAACGUGAAACAGCUAGUAGAGAAGGCAAAUAUUUUUCAAAUUUGUGCAACAAGUUGUAAUUUUGACAAACAUCACAUAUCUCAAUAACUGCAGUUCAAAAAGUUUACACAAAGUAGUCACAAAAACAAACUUAUAAACACGAAAUAAAUUACAGGCAAGAAAAAUCAAGCGAAAAUGGUAUUGGAUUUGGAAAAACGUACUUAUCUAUUUGUGACCGGCGCUUCGCGUGGCAUUGGACAGUGUAUGGCCAUCGAAGUUGCAACCAAAUUGAAGGCGGGUUCUGUAAUUGUGCUCUUGGCACGUAGCGAACAAGGUUUGUUAAACACUAAAGAAAGAAUCGAGGCAUUGGGUAAUGAUUUGAAAGUUUGUACUUACUCGACGGAUCUGAGUCUCGCCACAGCAACACAAUUCCGCGAACUGUUGGAGAAGUCAUUGAAAGGAGUAAAAGUAAGCGACUUUGAACGUGCGUUCAUCAUUCACAAUGCUGGUACAGUGGGUGAUGUGUCAAAAAGCGCCGUGGACGUGUCAGACGCCCAUGUGUGGCAACAAUAUUAUUAUGUGAAUGUUUUCUCUGUGAUUGCAUUGAAUUGUGAGUUUUUCCAAGUUUUUAGUGGUACACCCAAAGUGGUGGUGAACAUCACAUCGAAAUGUGGCAUUGAACCCUUUGCUUCAAUGAGUUUCUAUUGUUCCGGUAAAGCUGCUAGGGAGAUGUAUUUUCGUGUCCUUGCCACCGAACAAGCAUUGGAUGAUGUGCUAGUGUUGAAUUAUGCGCCAGGAGCAAUUGACACAGAAAUGACAGAGCAAGUUCAGCGAGAUUCAACCAAUAAAGAAUUGGUUGGCCUUUUCAAAAUGCAACGAGAUACAAAAACAAUGUUAACUCCAGAACAAACAACGCGAAAAUUCCUACAGGUGCUACAGGAACAAAAAUUCAAAACUGGUGAUCAUGUGGACUACUAUGAUGACUGAGGAUACAAUUAAAGUAUGGGAAAACUAUAGUUUUCCAUAGCAUAAUGCAGGAAUGUGCAAGUUAGGCCAGUCUCAAAUUUUAGCAAACAUAUACAUACAUUUAGCUCCAAAUAAUGAUGCACAGUAUACAUAUACAAUAAUUUUGGUGUACACAAAUUAUAAAUAAAUAUAAAGGAAGAUAUUUUGGGAACUCAA